CCUUCGCCUUGUCCGCCCCUUCCCAGGGCUGCCCUCAGCACCGCCUGAUUGCACAAGCGGCCUCGUUGCGUGAGCCCUGGCGCUGGACCAGGAGCAAAGCCGUGCGAUUAUAGAAGGCUGCGGAAUCCCCCAGUCCCGGCCAUGUCUGGCUGUCCAGAAGGAGACCGUUGCUCGCGGCAAUGCGGUGCGCAGGACAAGGAACAUCCAAGAUACCUGAUCCCAGAGCUUUGCAAACAGUUUUACCAUUUGGGCUGGGUCACUGGGACUGGAGGAGGAAUUAGCUUGAAGUAUGGAAACGAAAUCUACAUUGCUCCUUCAGGAGUGCAAAAGGAACGGAUUCAGCCUGAAGACAUGUUUGUUUGUGACAUCAAUGAACAGGACAUAAGUGGACCUCCACCAUAUAAGAAUCUGAAAAAAAGCCAGUGUACUCCUCUUUUUAUGAAUGCUUACACAAUGAGAGGUGCAGGCUCAGUGAUUCAUACCCACUCUAAAGCUGCUGUCAUGGCCACCCUUCUCUUUCCAGGACCGGAGUUCAAAAUUACACAUCAAGAGAUGAUAAAAGGAAUAAGGAAAUGUACCUCGGGAGGGUAUUAUAGAUAUGAUGAUAUGUUGGUGGUACCCAUUAUUGAGAAUACACCUGAGGAGAAAGACCUCAAAGAACGAAUGGCUCGUGCAAUGAAUGAGUACCCAGACUCCUGUGCAGUACUGGUUAGACGUCACGGAGUCUAUGUCUGGGGAGAAACGUGGGAAAAAGCUAAAACCAUGUGUGAGUGUUACGACUAUUUGUUUGAUAUUGCCGUAUCAAUGAAGAAAGUAGGAUUGGAUCCCUCACAGUAUCCUAUUGGAGAAAAUGGAAUUGUAUAAGCCAAAGAGAAGUUUAUAUACAGAGACAAAGCUUAUCUUAAUUAUUAAAUGAAACUUGACUAUUUUUAACGAAUUGAAAAUUUUCCAUGAUGCCAUUAAUUUGUCACUAAAUCCUGUAGAUGAUCACCCUGAAUCUCUUCUGACAUUGGAUGAUAUUUGCUUGAAUUCUUGUAAUUUUAAAUGACAAUGCAGUGGAAUAAAAAUUUUAUAAUCAGUA